GUGAGCAGCCCCGGGCUGGGUUCGCGCAGCCCCCCAGCACCUCUCGGCCCCCCGGUACAGCUGCCGCGACCUGGGUUUAUGCCCCCCCGCCGCAUGGGGCUAGCUGUGCUGGGGGGGUAAUGCAGCCGGCGUGCCUGGGGGCUGGCCAGCGUGGGGUGCGCCCUGGGGUUGAUUAUGGAGCAGCCACAGAGAUGGCUGCCUGGUACCGGUUUCGGUGGGGGUUGGGCCGCUGCAGAAGUGAUGGGAAGGCAAGGUUUAGAUUUUGGGGGAGUUGGGUGCCUUGAUAAGGCAGGGAGGUGGGCAUGCUGAUUCUGGGGCUAGAAGGAAGUGGCCAGAAAGGCAGCUUCCUAGCACUGGGGUUUUACUUUCGAGCAGUAUCUGUGCAACAUUGCAAGCUGGGAGGGGGCAGCAGCAGGAUUAGGUUCCCAUAGUGGGGUUCAUAACGGAGUAGUGAGGGAGAUGCCCCCCCUUCUAGAGUUUAUGAGAGUUUGUGCUGGGGAAGUAUCUAGGUAAUGGCUUAUGAGAGAGUAGCCAAGGAGGUUACUGAACCAUGCUCAGAGAGAAAAUUCACAGUUGGAGACCAAUUCUGGAAUCCCAAGGCACAUUUUGAAACAAAGUUGGAUUUCUUUGUGAACUCUCUGAGCAGUUCCCAUAAGCGUCCUUCCCACACGCUGACUCCUGUGGGAAUUCUGAGCCUCAUUCAGACAUGGCCUUUCAGAGAACGGAGGGAAUGUCCAUCAUCCAGGCCUUGGCAAUGACAGUGGCAGAAAUCCCUGUGUUUCUUUAUACGACAUUUGGGCAGUCUGUCUUCUCUCAGCUGAGACUCUCGCCAGGCCUGAGGAAGGUGCUGUUUGCUACAGCUCUUGGGACAGUUGCCUUAGCUCUUACCGCGCACCAGCUGAAGCGGCGUCGACGUCGAAAGAGACAGAUCACCCCAGAAAAGUGUGGCAUUAAGCCUGGAGGAGUCCCUGCCCUCUCUUUACCAACCAAGAAGGUCCCUUCAGUGAAAAAAGGAUACUCCAGCAAGAGAGUACAAAGUCCUAGCAGCAAGAGCAAUGACACACUCAGCGGGAUUUCCUCCAUUGAGCCAAGCAAACAUUCCUGCUCCUCCCACAGUCUAGCCUCGAUAGUGGCUGUGAACUCUUCCCGCCCAACACCAGCAUCUGCAGGGCCCUGGGAGACGAGAGCGAUGGAAGAUCCUGGAGCAGCUGGCGACUCUAGUGCUGAAAACCUCUACAUUCAAGGGAUGGAGCUAUUUGAGGAGGCACUGCAGAAAUGGGAGCAGGCAUUGACCAUAAGGCAGAGAAACAACACUAGCACUCCAGUUUCUUGGGACAACACAAAACAUGAAGAAACUAUGUCUGAGGAGUUGCCUGAGGAGUCCCAGAAAAAGGAGUUUGCAGAGAAGCUUGAAUCUCUCUUGCACCGGGCAUAUCACCUUCAGGAAGAAUUUGGGUCAACGCUCCCUUUGGACAGCAUGCUGCUAGACCUGGAGAGAACUCUCCUGCUUCCCCUGACAGAUGAGUCACUGAGACUUCGGACAGAUGAUGAAGACAGUUUGACUUCUGAGGACUCCUUCUUUUCCGCUGCAGAGCUCAUCGACUCCCUCCAGAUUGGGAAAAUACCUUUUCAGCUUUCCAAGCCAGCAGCUGCAUAUGAAGAAGCUCUACAGUUGGUGAAAGAAGGGAGCGUUUCAUGCAGAACACUAAGGACAGAGCUUCUAGGCUGCUACCAUGAUCAGGAUUUCCUGGCAAAGCUCCACUGUGUCAGGCAGGCCUUCCAGGUCGUUCUGAAGGAGGAGAGCAACCAGUUGUUUUUUGGAGACGUUGGAAAGCAGAUGGUGACAGGACUAAUCACAAAGGCUGAGAAGAACCCCAAAGGUUUUCUGGAAAGCUAUGAGGAGAUGCUACAUUACGCACUGAAGCAAGACACCUGGCCAACCACUCAGCGGGAGCUGGAAGGACGAGGGGUGGUGUGCAUGAAUUUCUUUGAUAUUGUGCUGGACUUCAUUCUCAUGGAUGCUUUUGAGGACCUGGAGAACCCUCCCUCCUCUGUCCUAGCCGUCCUGCGCAACCGCUGGCUCUCAGACAGCUUCAAGGAGACGGCUCUAGCAACUGCCUGCUGGUCAGUUCUGAAAGCAAAGAGGAGGCUUUUAAUGGUACCAGAUGGCUUUAUCUCUCAUUUCUACUCCGUAUCGGAGCACGUCAGUCCUAUUCUAGCCUUUGGUUUUCUGGGGCCCAAACAGCAGCUGUCUGAGGUCUGUGGUUUCUUCAAGCACCAGAUAGUGCAAUAUUUGAAGGACAUGUUUGACCUGGACAAUGUGAGAUACACAACAGUGCAGUUGCUGGCAGAAGACAUUCUGCAGCUGUCACGGCGGCGCAGUCAGAUCCUCCUGGGAUAUUUGAGUAGUGAGACGACCCCAGAGAUGAAUGGGACACUGUCCAGUGAAAAUGGACCCCUAGAGGAGCUCAACUAAUAUUCAAUUAGGGGAGAAAAUCCAUUUUCUUAAAAGACCUUUUUCUAAGAGGUAGCUACACCACCUGUUGUGGUAAUCAGUGGCAACAAAACUAAUUCAUCCCCUGGCAUCACUGGACCUGCCCAGAAUUACUACUUUUUAUAGCCAGUAAUGUUGGCUGGAAUAGCUCCAGGACCACUCAGAGGCUUAUGAUUUGAACUUCCUCUUGUCUAUACCACCUAUUCUAUUUUUUAAAAAAAUCUUUUAGUUGUGACAAACUGCCUGGGCCCAAGAUCCUACCCUCCUGCAUUGCAAGGGACAGAAGACAAGCUGAACUAUGUGUUCUUUAAGAGCAGAUCCCUGAUACUUGCAGGGUGUGGGUGGGUAGGUAAAAUGAUGACAAGAGUCUCGCCUUGGCUCUUACCUCCUCUUUGAUUGAGAAGGUAUUUUUAAAAGUGACUUCUCUGCCAUGUCUCUCUGGACAUUACUGCUGAUUUUAACUUAUACAUUUUAUGGUAUACAAUGCUACUUUCAGAUAUGAUGGAGAGGAAGAGAAAUAAUUGUUUCCUGUGGGGAGGAAAAAUGCUUCGGUAAAGCACUGAAGACUAAAGAAUGGAAGUAAAACAUAGAUUUUGUAAUGACAGACGCUGGAAGGGAGUUUGUCCUUCAUUUCUAUGUUGUGUUGCUUUUGUAAACUAGACCCUUUCACUGGGGUUCUCGUUGAGAUACCAUUGCAGCCUAUAAUAUUCAGAAUGAGAAUGGUGGUUGUAGAAAGGGGUUGGACUUGUAUCCUAAUUAUGCAUGCAUAAAUACUUCCUCUAAUAUACAUCAGAGUGCCUUGCUGUAUUUCAGAAUUAGCCAAUAAUAAUCAGUCUCUCUCACUGGAUGAGUAUCACAGGGUCUAAAAUACACAGGUGGAGGAAGGAUGUGUAAGAUGGCACCUACUGCUGUUACUUGUAAAUGAGCAGAGUGGGAGUUUAGCUAUGAAAUGCAGACAGUAUUACAUGGUGCAGUUAUUUAAAGAGCUGGGAUUGUGGGUGAAGCUGCUGGAGGGAAGCUCUUAAAUUUCUAGUUUCACCACAUUAAACAAGGUAGUGUUUUUUUACAGUCCUCUAUGGAAUGUAUAUAUACACACACACGUUUUAAAGACAGACAUUCAGAAGUGCUCUCCUGCUGGAAUGAAAUUGUUGACCAUUAACUCAGAAGCCUUAUGAUUGAGGUUAAAAUGUGGCUCCUGCUGGUGCUGCACAGGGUUGGAUGUUAGUAUAGCAGCAUUCAGGUAACUUGGAUUUGAGACUCCCACGGUUCUUGCUGAGAAGGGUUGCAGAUGAUGCUCUCAAUAUGCUGCCACCUCCUAAUAUAAAGCCAAAAGUGAAGUCUCAGGAGGCUUCCCACAUCUCUUGGUUUGCUUAGGUUUAGUUCAAGUCAAAGAUAGUAGCCUCAAAGGGUGGAAAAGCAGCCACCAUAACAAGAGUAUUGAUGCAAAUAAGGUUCAGCUUUUACAAUUAUCUGCUUUUCCAUUUCUGCUCCAGGGAAAGGUUGGCUCCUUUUAGUUUAGGAGCUUCAUGAGCCUUGUCUGGCUGUGUUUUGCAAAUUAUGAGAAUACAAAGAUCUUACAGAAGUUGGAGUGAGCGAACUGAGAAAGUUGUGAAUUAUUCCAGUCCUCUCUAUUUCCUGGGCUAUAGUCAGAGGUUCUUCUACAAAGACAUCUACAAAGACAUCUGUGACACAGUUUCUAAUAGUAAAAGCAGACCGAAAAUAAACAGAAAAGAGUAUGAGAGAGGAUAUGAAAUGAGGAGAUAGUGUUCCCAGACUCUUGCAAAAAGCCAAGUGUAAUACUCACGUAGAUUCAUGAUCAUGAUACUCCACAAGUGCAAGAAAGAAAAAUAGUGUAGCCCAAAGACAUGACAAACAUAAUAUACAAAGACAAUUGUUUAGGCAUGAGAAAGUGAGAAGCAACAAACAAGCUACCCACACUAUAGAUGCAGCUAGAAUUCUUCUGUUGACCCAGCUACCAUCUCUGAGAGGUGCACUAACUGCAUCAACACAAAAACCUCUUUUCAGUGUAGGAAGCCAUCUACAAUACAGCAGCACAGCUGUGGACAUUAAGCCUAAGGCAUGCCUUAGGCUUAAUGAAACAAGGACUGUUGAUUUGAGAGAUGGCAAUUGACCCCAGGAAAGCUCUUCCAAGCAUGCUGGUAGGAGCCAAACAACAGUUAGAAAAGAAACACAGGAUGCUGGCAGCCUUUCAUACCCAUAUUGAUCAGAAUUAAAAUGCAGGUUUAAUUCUGAAAGCAAGUUACUUUGACCAAAAACAUUUUUUUACACCAUUUUGUGCCCUUGCAUGGCUAUUUUGGAUGAAAGAUGAACUCCAGCAGCUUUGUAGGAGUUGAAAAGAUGCUAAUGAAUGUGAAGACAAAAUAGAAUAAGGAAGAAUAAUUGAAAUUCUAAAGAAUUGACGCUAUUCACUUUAGGUUUUUAGAGUUUUUGUUGUCUGUGUAUUUGCUGCUUUGAGUGUCUUUACCUGAAUGAAGAUGAGUGGAUCAGAAGCAACCCAUCUGGCACAUGGGUAAGAAUAUUAGCUCUGACUUUCAAAUCCUUACUGGAGAGACUAAAACUGGUGGAGGGGAGUGGUGGUUGUUGUUGUUGUUGUUGUUUUUAUAAAGCAUCACCCUAUACUUGUACAAUCUUUCUUAAGCUAGGAAAAGUUAAUUCCUAGUCAGUCAAGAGAAGGUGGGGGGUAGGAAAUGAUCCCUUUACUCCCCUACUCAUAACCUGAUGCACUGUCCUUUUGAUGAAGGCAAAGAAUUCCUCUUCAAGGGUGAUUGUGGCUGGUAAUGCAGUUUGAUGUAAUAGUAUUUAUUUUUGUUUCUCUUCUCUUUCCCCUCCUCUCCCUCCCCCCC